AUGCAAAACAAUAGCCCUAACCUAAAUAAGGUUGAUUCUCCACCACCACAACAACCGGGUCAAUAUCCCCCACAACAGCCAGGUCAAUAUCCUCCACAACAACCAGGUCAAUAUCCUCCACAGCAACCGGGUCAAUAUCCCCCACAACAACCAGGUCAAUAUCCCCCACAACAACCUGGUCAAUAUCCCCCACAACAAUACCAACAAUAUCCACCACAACAACCAGGCCAAUAUCCACCACAACAAUACCCUCCACAACAAUACCCUCCACAACCAUAUCCACCACAACAAUACCAACAAUAUCCACCACAACCAGCUUUUGGUGCCCCAUUAGUCACAAGCCCAACUAGUUCAAAUGUUGCAUUAAUUAAUCCAUCUUUAAAUUCUCAAAUUGUUAAUGGUAAAAUUACAUCUCCAGGCUCAACAUUCUAUACAACUGGAACAAACAAAGGUACAUUUAAAUUAAGAAUCAUUUGUGCUAAUAAGCUUGUUAGUGCUGAUGCUAAUGGUAAAAGUGAUCCAUAUGUAAAAGUAAAAUCACAUUGCAUAGAGUCUUUUAAAGCUACACAAGUUAUUGACAAAAAUUUAAAUCCAGUUUGGGAAUCAACUCACACACUUACAAUGGAUGAUGUAACAAAGGAUUUGUUAAUUUUAGACGUCUAUGAUCACGAUUUGAUUGGUAAUGAUGACUUAUUAGGUUUUGUUGCGAUAGAUUUAAGCUUAUUACCAUUAAAUGUAGAAGUUAUUACUACAGAAAACUUAUCGUUUGCCAAACAUGGUACCAUUCAAAUUGGUAUUACAUGUCUCGAUUUUGGUUUAACAAACAUAUCACCAAACUACAUUCCUCAAUAUAUUUCAUGGAGAUUAUCACUUGAAGGAAGAGAGAAAAAAGAAUUUAAAAAAUUAAAAAAAUCUAAAGAAACAGGUGCCUAUUUAAACAAAAAGGUCCACAGCGAUUACAAAUUAGUUAAUGGUUUUGUAAAAAGAAAAAAGAACAAGAGAGAUAAAACCAAAAGUGUUUUAGGAAAGGGUGCUAAAUCAAUUGGCAGUUUUAUUUUAGAUGUUGCAACAAGUGAUGAUUAA